AGGAAGUGGCAGCUUCGAUGUUGCGAUAGCCCAAACUCGAUCGCCUUUCAUGACGCGCCGAACCUGAAGCUACCUACACCUCCUCAUACUCGUAGAAAAGAAUAGCCCUUCCCAGAUCGUCGAUUGGUUCGGCUAGGUUUAGAUAUCUUGCUUAGCAUAUAACUUCGGAUCGGCUACCAGCAACAUGGCGAGCAGCAUCAUGGACGAAUACACAGACAGCCCUUUAGAGAGCGACGAUGUCUUUCCUUGCAAGGGUUGCGGUGAGAUACUUGAGGAAGGCAAGGCAUUUGAACUAGCCGGAAACCGAUGGCAUCUCAACUGCUUCCGAUGCAACACCUGCGGUACUCUUCUCGAUUCGGACGCAAACCUGUUGCUACUUGGCGACGGUUCACUCAUAUGCAACAAUUGCACGUACAGCUGCAGCGCUUGCGGUGAAAAGAUUGAGGACCUUGCAAUAUUGACCGGGGAGCAGGCCUUUUGCGCCGCCUGCUUCAGAUGCAGGAACUGUAAAAGGAAGAUCGAGAAUUUGCGUUAUGCUAGGACCUCGCAAGGAAUCUUUUGCAUGAACUGUCACGAGUCCUUGAUGGCUAGACGUAGGAAGAAGUCUAAGGCUGCAGCUCAAGCAAAGGCGCGAGAGAAAGAUUCAUCCCCUAUGAUCAUGGAGAAGUCCCUCCCGGCACUUCCUCCUAACGCUAUACCCCCCAAUGCGUUUUCGAACGACAGAGUCGAACCUGACUCUGACACUCCCACCGAACUUUCUCCGCGACCACGACCUUCGUAUCCUCGAAACGACUCGUCUAGAAGUAGCUCGAGACCGGCUAGAUCGCCUGAACGAUCCGUCGAUCACACUGGAAGAGAUGGUGGCUUACUGCCUUCGCAGACUUAUCGGAAUAAUCGAAACUCGGCAAUCUUCGCAGGGGGCGAUGUCGCCAGCAGCAACACCGCUGAUGACCAAAGUUUCUUCAUUCCCGUUGCCUUAGACCCGAGUCCAGUGCCAGCCCCAACGCCUAGAUCCGCGACGGAACCUGUCAGCGAUUCUAGUAAGAAGUCGAAGGAUAAGGACUACUUCAACCUUUCAAAGCCGGCUUCUAUAUCGGAGCGGAGGGAGCCGGCGCAAUCUUCGACGCCGCAUAUUGCUUUCCAGGAGAAGGGAAGACAGUCAUCGUUUGACCACGAGACGCCUCCUCCCCGAGACUUGAAUAGGAAGCUUUCCAAAUCUAGCAGAAGCGAUAAGAACGUACCUUCGAGGUCAUCGCCAGCUUCGACUGAGGACAGAAGCCAAAAGAUCACAACAAAUGGAAGAUCGCAUCCCGCAGAUGAUUUCAAGUUGCAGGAAGCGCCUAAGAGUAAAAAGACGAAUUCCAGAACAGAGUCCCAGUCGAAUGCGGUCCAGGAUUCUGUUAGAUCUAGGGGUAGUAGCAGUAGUUCCGGCCGAAAAGACAAGGAGGCAUUCCCCAGUCUACCACUGGCCGAUUCGCCCCAACUCUUGCAAGCUGGCGACAAGACUAGCACCCCGCGCAGCUCACAGGAAUCUCGCCUCAAAGACGAAGAUGAAGUACGGUCGAAUGAAUCUUUAGCUACGUCGGUUAGCAACAAUGCGAAGCCCAUCACUAGAAAGGAGCUUCCUCCUACAGCUGCUAGAAAUGUAAACGGUACAGCAUCUCGGCCUGGCGCGGCGGAAAGGGCUGGGGAGUCAUACAUGACCCCAAGAGCACCGCCCGCUCCACCGACGUCGGGUGCGGGCCAGGAGUCGGCCAGUUCGACGGGUGAGCCCAAGACAUCGCCCAAGCUACCUAGGUGGAGCGCAGGCGGUGACUUCAGUAUGGAUGAAGACAUGGCUCGCAUCCUGGGUACGGACGAGGGCUCGUCUUCAAUUCUUCGGCGGGUUUCGAAUGCGGUGCGUCAUGGCAGAACAAAUAGCACGGAAUCUAGCAACAACCUUCCUCGCACUGGUCAUACGCGCAGUGCCAGCGAAACAACGCGCACAACCACAUCACCACGUUGGCCAAAAACUCCAAUCGCGGAGGAUGCAGUAAAUGGCCAUUCGCACGACAUCACCAGCCCUCUAUCGAUAGCUUCGAACGACGACCCGAUAUUAUUGAAGCGACGCCUCCGAAAUUCUGAGCAGAGAGUCGCAGAACUGGAGCGCCAGUUCAACAACGAGAAAGAUCUCAAGAACCUUACCAUAAAAUUAGAAGAGAAGCGCAAGACAGUAUCGGUGCUAGAUACGCAAACCGAGAUCAUGAUCCGCCAAUUGGAAGUGUUAGCCGGAUACGUAGAAAGAGCUAAGGAAACGAAGAGACCUAUCGACCCCCGCGAGCUUGAGGAAUCGGCCCUGAAGGACUUCGUCCAGAAGCUCGAGAAGCUGAAGCAGUCCAUGUCAGCCAGCCUAGAGCAGCUACACAGCGAGAGGGACGAACUCGUCGAAGAGAAGAACAAGGCAAUCGCCGAGAGGGAUCGUGCUCGAGUGGAGUUCGAACAACUGGUCUCUAAGAAUGCGCAGUUGGCCGACUUGAACAACGACCUUACGAACCAGAUACAGGAACGAUUCAAGAACCACUCGGACCCUAAAUCUCCUCCGAGUGGCCUUGGCAUUUACAACCAGCACAAGGGCACAUCCAACAACUCGGUUAGCUUAGAUAGCUCCAGCAUUCAGACCGGCGGAUCGCUCCUUGCCGUCGACUCGGAAGAACCCAUCCUCGAAUCUGGACCAACCGUGGUCAAGAUAGGAAAAGGCCAGGUCAAGAAGUUUAACUGGAAGAAGGGAUCGAAGGCGAUGGCCCAGAAUAUCGCCAAGGGAGUUAACCGCACAGUUGUCGCCUUCCAGCAGCCGGAGCGCGAGCGUCACUUGGGUAUGGCGGGUGAGAAUAUCGGUCUUCCCUACAACAUGACCGUUACGCAGGUCGAGGCGCCAGUCACACAUAUAGGCGGUCCUGUGAACGGCCAGAAUCGCCAAUUGAACGAUGCUGCCAGCCGUCAAGGCUUCUUCAAUUUCAAGAAAGGCCAGGGGAUACAGAAAAGCAUGACAACAGCCAACAUUACUACUACUACCCAGGCAGCGGCCGAGCCGCCCUCGGUACUCUUCGGAUCCGAUCUAGCAGAACGAGCCGACUUCGAACGCCGGCAAAUUCCCUGCGUCGUGACCCGUUGUAUAGAAGAAGUCGAGCUCAGGGGUAUGGACAUGGAGGGUAUCUAUCGCAAGACUGGUGGAAACUCGCAAACCAAGGCCAUCCAGGAAGGAUUCGACAAGAACGAGAACUUUGAUAUUUCAGACCCGGAUAUGGACAUUACCGCAGUUACGAGUGUGCUGAAGCAAUACUUCAGAAAGCUUCCGACACCAUUGCUGACAUUCGACGUCUAUGAUCGUAUUCUCGAGACGAAUUCGAUUACGGGCGAUGCGGAGAAGUGCGCGCACUUGCAGAAUGUAUUCAAACAACUACCGCAGCAGCACAGAGACUGCCUGGAGUUCUUGAUGUUCCAUCUUCAUCGCGUUGCCUCCAGAGAGCGUGAGAAUCUCAUGACACCUAAGAACCUGGCUGUGGUCUUUGCACCUACUAUUAUGCGAGACCACACUAUCGAGAGGGAGAUGACGGAUAUGCACGCCAAGAAUCUAGCCGUGCAAUUCAUCAUCGAGAACACGCAUAACAUUUUCAUUUAACCCAAGCCGGCUUCACUGCCAUUGGCUCAUUAUACAUACGAUUCGAUCCACGGACACAUUUCAUCAACAGAAAGAAGUACUCUUCACCAGUUUCCCGAAGUCGCAAAGUUAACAGCAUUCGAGUAAACGCCUUAAGAGUCUUCGCAGACAU